AUGAUAAUUGGAGCAAUUAAAAUUAAGGAUGGUCUUUUUAUUGGGGAUGAAUUUGCAUCCAAAGUACAGAAUAUCAUUUAUUUGCUAGGACCUUGAAUUUGUGAUAUAAAAUAAGGUGAGUCACAUAAUUAAUUGUGCUGCGAAAUAAUUGCCUUGUGUAUUCGAAAACUAUGGAGUUUCAUAUCUAAAAUUCAAUUGGUAAGAAAAUGAGCAGGUAUAUAUCUAUACUAAUCGAACAAGCAAGUUUUAUUCUAAAAUGAGAACGUCAAUGAAAUAUAUCAUUUUAUAGAAUAAGCUCAUGUCAAUGGUGAGUCAGUCUUGGUACAUUCAGUUAGAGGUUAGUCAAGAUCAUGUUGCGCAUUGGCAGCAUUUUUUAUGAGAAAAUAUAAAUGGAAAUUAUACAAGACUCUUGAGUUUUUGAAUACAAGAAGACCUGAUUUAGAGAUAAGGGCUAGUUUUUAUCAUCAAUUAACGCAAUUAGAAUCAAAAUUAAGUAAAAAAGGUGAAGGUGGAUUAUCAAGUUCUUGGUAACCUCAUGAAGAGCAAGAUCUACCAUUGGAAGAGGAUGAAAAAUUACUAAGAAAUACUUUCUAGAAUUCAAAAUCAAGUGCUGCUGAUUCUUGUUGGUUAGAUAGAAGAUUAUUUAAUUAAUAUUUGAAUGAAAAUAGGCCAAGAACCAUUACUUGGGCAGAUGAAACUCUUGUGAAAAAGUCCUAAAAGAAAAUGAAAUAGAAUGCAACUAAGCCUGCUGUUAGAUUAAAUAAUUAAAAUAAUAUAAACGGAAAUGUUUAUCAUGUAACAGUUAAUAAUUAUGUAACUUUAAAAGAGGAACAAGAAAAAUGCAAUACUAGUUUAAACUCAAGAGAAUCUGCCUAAAUGUCUCUAAUCAAACCAAGCAGUGGAACAAUUAAGAGAUAAUAAAAUGAUAGUCUAAAAAAACAUUAGGAAUUAAAAUAAAAGUUAUCGUGCAAGUCGUAAUCCGUGAAACAAUAGAAAAGAGAUCCCAGUGAAAGACCAAGAUCAGCUUAUGCGUAUAAUAAUGAUAUCAUACUAGUUAGCCUGAACUCUAGCCUAUGCCUAAUUUACCAAAACCAACAACUGGACUUGCCUAUAGAUAAUAUUCACCCUUGGUCAAAGGUAUUAUGAUUCAUCCUAAUUCAUAGGUAAUGCCAUUCCAAAAGCAAAUUAAUUAAUUGCUACAAGCAAAAAUAAAGGGUGGAGAUAUCCAUCUCCUGGAUAAAUUAAAAACGAUGAGAGCAUUAUUUAAUCCAUAAUUAAUAGUAAGCCAGUUUGGAAAUGA